AUGAGAAUUGAUCAAAAGGAAGAAGCUGGCCGAAAUCAUCCGAGACGUGGUGGUGGUCAUUUUCGAGGACGAGGUCGUGGUGUAAAUGGACGAGGUUGGAGACCAUAUGAAGACAACUUCAACCAAAGAGGAGAGAAUUCAUCAAGAGGUCAUGGAAGAGGAAACCCAAAAUCAAGGUACGAUAAAUCAAACAUCAAAUGCUAUAGUUGCGGAAAGUUUGGACAUUAUGCUUCUGAAUGCAAAACUCCAAACAACAAUAGAGUUGAAGAGAAGUCCAACUAUGUUGAAGAACGGCGUAAGGAAGAAGAUAUGCUGUUGAUGGCGUACAAGAAGGAUGAACCAAAUGAGGUUCACAAGUGGUACCUUGAUAGUGGUGCAAGCAACCACAUGUGUGGAAAUAAAAGCAUGUUUGUGGAGCUUGAUGAAUCGGUGAAAACCAAUGUGGCUUUGGGAGAUGAAUCGAAGAUGGAGGUGAAAGGUAAAGGAAAUAUUCUCAUCCGCUUGAAGAAUGGAGAUCAUCAAUUUAUUUCCAACGUUUACUAUAUUCCAACCAUGAAGACCAACAUCUUGAGCCUAGGACAACUCUUAGAGAAAGGUUAUGACAUUCGACUAAAAGAUAAUAGCCUUUCUUUAAGAGAUAAAGCAAAUAAUCUUAUCACAAAGGUGCCAAUGUCAAACAAUAGAAUGUUUGUCCUAAACAUUCAAAAUGACAUUGCACGAUGUCUUAAGAUGUGCUACAAGGAGGAAUCUUGGCUUUGGCAUCUUCGAUUUGGGCAUUUCAACUUUGGAAGCUUAGAGCUACUUUCCAAUAAAGAAAUGGUGAAAGGACUGCCCUGCAUCAAUCAUCCAAAUCAAUUCAAAGCCCAUGUUGAGAAGGAAAGUGGUCUUAAGAUCAAGUCCAUGAGAUCGGAUCAAGGAGGAGAAUUCAUGUCCAAGGAGUUUCUGAAGUAUUGUGAAGAUAAUGGCAUCUGA